UUGGCGCCAGCAAAUUUCGCGGGGCAACAAGAGCACAAGAGAAGAAGAAGGAGGCUAAAAUAUCGAACAUAAGAACAAGUGGAGCACGUAGUUACAAACGGCAGACAGUGAACCGGACGGCCGCUGGAGUUACCGGGUGUCCCUCACUGGGUUCGAUGGUGUGUCUGUGUCGUUUCUUCUGCUGCUUGCGUGUCGUCCUGAACUCCGAGCUCUGGAUACAGUGGAGGGUGAUCACAGGUCUACAUACAUCUCACUGAGGUAAGUCCAUGUGUUUCUGCUUAUUCACAGUCAUGAUGUCAUCUCUGUGAGGUAGCCAUGGUGCACAAAGCUGAUGCAAAAAACACUUUUUAAAGUCACCAAAUACACUUGAUUAUUUACAAAUAUAUCAGUGUUUUACACCACAGAGCACAGUGUUAUUUACAUAAUACCCUUUUGUUUUAACACAGGUUACAAAGUGCUUUACAGUAACUGUAGUCAAGCCUAAAUCAAAGCACACAGUGCAUACAAUAAUACAAAAUACAUACGAAUGCACUUAAGAUUGAAGGUUGUGCCAAAGUCUGGGUGCUCUGACAGCUUCAGGGUCGUCAUAUUUCUAAGUUCUCCUUUUUAAAGCGACUUGUUACAAGCGCGUCCAGUUAUGUCUUUGCCGCCUGCUUUCACUCCGUCCUCUCCGUGCGUCUCUUUCUUUAGAGGCCUUGCGGAGGCGAGUAAUAAUGAUGGCGACGGCGGAGCCUCCGAGCGGCUCCAGCUUCCUUCCUCUGCUGGAGUCUCUGGAGGACGGCGCCGCUGGACAGUCGGAGCAGACGGACGCCUACCUCACCAUCGCCAAUCGGCUCAGCGGAGAGGAAGGCCGGCAGUUUCUUCCUGCAGUUGAAAAGCACUUUCCUCGUUUGGGUAAAGCCAUCUUGGCUCACAUAACCAGUCCGACCGCAGAGCUGAGCCAAGCUGCCCUGCAAGCUUUAGGGUUUUGUUUGUACCAUUCUCACAUUGUCUCAGGAGUGCCUGAAACCUUUGCAGCAGAAAUACUAUCAGCACUUUGCUCCCUGGCAGUGAAGUCGACCGAUAAGAACACGUGCACCAGAGCAUUGUGGGUCGUCUCCAAGCAGAGCUUUCCUCCAAAUGUGGUCGGACAAAAGGUGUCAUCUAUACUGGGAACACUGGAGAGUGUGUGGAGCAGAGAGGACAUCCAGUCCGUGGUGAUGGAGCACGAGGCCUUAAACGUUAUCAUCAGGAUGCUGGAGCAAGCGCCGGCCCAGAUGGGCGACGGAGUGCUGAGGUGGGCGACGCUCGUCAUCCCGCUGGUGGUCCACUCUGCCUCCAAGGUGCGUCUCCGGGCCGCGGCGGCCAUGGAGAUGGGCAUGCCUCUCCUCCUGGAGAGACAGAUGGAGGUGGCCGGCAUCAUCGAGCCGAUGAUGUCCUCGAAACUGAUCCCAGAGCUCCAGAAGCUUUUCAUCUCCAAGAAUGAAGCCAAUGUCCUGAAGCUCUGGCCUUUGUUUGUGAAACUGCUGGGGAAGUUGCUGCACAGAGGAGGUCCCUUCAUCAACAGUCUGCUGCAUCUGGAGGAACUCGGCUUCCGCAGCUCCUCCCCCACCAUCAAGAAGAUCGCCUUCAUUGCCUGGAAGAGCCUCAUAGACAACUUCGCCCUCAAUCCAGACAUCCUGUGCAGCGCCAAACGUGUGAAGCUCCUGAUGCAGCCGCUCGCGUCCAUCAAUGUCAGGACGGAGGUCCUGCUGCUCACCAAGGUGGAGGUCUGGUGGUACCUGGUGGUCCAGCUCGGGCCCAACCUGUUGUCCAACUUUGAUCAGGUUUCUGUUCCUCUGCUCCAGUGCGCCAUUGGAUCCGACUCCUCUUCGGUCCCAGGAACCCCUUCUAGAGCCGUCGGUCAAAACGCCGCCGUCGCGCCGGGCACCCCCAAGUCCGCAGGCUUCAGCAGUCCGGCCAAUACGUCUCGGAUGAGCCUGAACUCCAGCGUGCAGAUCCCCACCACCUUCCCCUCCAUCCAGCUGCUGGGUCUGGAGAUGUUGCUCCACUAUUUUCUGGGACCAGAUGUUGUACCCACGGCGGCAAAGACGAAACUCAACCUGAGUCUUGAGCCGCUGACCCACCCGCUCCUCUCCGGUGCUUCCUCCUUCACUAAACAUGCGGCCGUGCUCACCUCCAACAUCAGAGAUGGAUUCACCAACGUCGGCAAAGACGCUCCAGAUUCUCUUUUGGCCGUUUUAUGGACGAGUCUCGUCCGCUUUGUCAACUUAACGAUAGAAUCUGCAGGCAGUAAGAAGGAUCGUCAGGGAGGUGAAGUGCUGACGCUGAUGCUUCAGGCUCUGCAGGCCAUCGUCGCCUCAGAAGCUCUGCCUGCAGACAAAGUUCUGAUUCUGUUUGAAGGCACAGUGAAAGGUCUUCCGCAGAGAGUUCUCGGCUCCGCCUCCUAUCAAGUGGGCAAGAUGGAUGUUCUGAAUGGAACGCCGGCUCUGUUCCUCAUUCUGCUCCUCUACAACAGCAGCUUGCUCUCUGCCUACAUCGAGGACGAGAGGUUCUUUCAGUGCCUCCAGACGCUGGUGGGCUGCGGUCUGUUGGGCCCCACGUCCCCGCUGGCGUUUGGGGAGGCGGUGCUCGGCGCCAUCAGACGCAGCGCCGGGUCCGUGCAGAACAAGGAGCAGCUGUGGAGGAUGUGGAGCGUGAUGGUCAGCCCGCUCACCGACACCAUCACACAGUCGAAUGAAGUCAACCAAGGUGACGCUCUGGAGCACAACUUCAGCGCCAUGAACUCUGCCUUGUUGUUCCCCAUCACACACCUACUACAUGGCACGCCGCUGCAGCAGGCGGCCCAGAAGCCGAUGCUGUCCUCGUGGUCCAAACUGUACAAAGUGUUCGCCCGCUGCUCUGCGCUGGUGGUCACAGCAGAGGAGAACAUCUGCUGCGAGGAGCUCUGUGCCAAGAUGACAGCUGCGAUAGACAGAGAUGCUUUAGUGGUUCCUUCUGCAUUAAAUGCCGUUGCCAGUCUCCUCCAGGUCAUGGUCGAGUGUGUGGACUUCUCGCCGUUCACUCCUCAGUUUCAGCAAAAGCUGAAGUCGCCUCACACUCCGGUAAACUGGACGAGAAAGAGGAACAAGGUCCUGGGGAAUCUGUCCACCUUCCAGUCCCUGCUGGUACAGUGUCUAGAGGUCUAUCUGGAGGGCCCCGGGGCCUCCUCUGAAGCCACAGGACUGGCCCUGGUCUCCAUACUGUCGGCUCUCUUCACCAACCUCGCUCUCGCCAACACGAUCAAGGAAGCUCUGACUUCUCUGAUUCAACCCGUCACCCUCUUCUACAAACAAGCAGCCAGUGAGCCGCCUAAGUUCUCCUCACAGCUUCUGAGAAAGCUGGAGAAGCUUCUCUGCGACGUUCUCGGCUGCCUGCAGACCCGCUCUACCUUAGCGUACGACGAUGAGCUCCUGGCUCUGCUCUCUCCUCUGCUUUGCGUGUCGUUUCCUCACAAGAACAAGCAGCUGCGCUCCUCAGUCGCCCAGUUCUGGAACGCCACCUUCGGCAACUCGGUCGGCCUCACAUACCCCGAUGAGAUCAGACCGAUAUUGAGCCAAGUGAAGCAGAAGACCCCGAUCAUUCUUCCUGGCUUUGAGGCCAUCUGUGUUCCUGAUGAGCUCAGUGGACCUUACUCUAGUGAGAGCUCCCAGCUGGAAACAAAUCUCAGUGGGAUGCCGGUUUCAUCCGUGCUGAAAAGGUCUGCUGAGCUGAAGGACGGCAGCUCCACCAAGGCCUCCAAGUCAGUUUCUACAAAGCUGGACUUUGGCUCUCCUAAGCCUCCUCCCAGAGGAGUUUUGGAGGAAGAGGCCUCCAUCGACUUUGUCUUCAUCCCUCCUGAGACAAAGGAGCGAGUUCUGACGGAGCACCAGAAGGAGGUGAAAAGGACUAAAAGGGUUGACAUCCCUGCCAUGUACAACAACCUCGAUGCCUCUCUGGAUACAUCGGUUUUCACCCAGUACACACAGAGUCAAGACGACUCUUUGGACAAACUGGCAACUGAACAAGCUGACAAGGAAACCAAAGAGGCUCCUGGCAAGGUUCCUCAGGAAGAUGAAGUAAAAGGGGAAGACUCAGAAGAGACUCAAGAUUUUGCAAGUCCAGAAGCAGUAGAGAACAUGCCAGAAAACCACCAGCAGGAGGAGAUUAUCCCUGAGUCAGCAGAUGUUUCUAUGGAGGAUAAUACUAAGAGUGAUGAUAGAGCAGAAGACUUGGACCUGCAUUCUACAGAAGGCACAAGUCCUAACAUCUCUGCGUCUUCAGAUUUGGUCUCGGGGACACCCCAGAAACCCAACAGUCGCCGUCAGUCCUUCAUCACCCUGGAGAAUUAUGCUGAGGGAAAACCUGCCAGUCCCAGCAGUACGUCCACCUUCACAGGUACCCUCUUAAAGACCUCCAAUAGCCAAGAACGCUCUAAAACCAGAAGGAAGUUGUCCUCUCGGGCUUCCCGGACAUCCACUGGCCCUAACUCUCAGGAUUCCCAGUCUUCCCAGUCAGGAAACAUGAACUCACAGUGUCCUGUGAACAAUGCCCUUGAGUCUCCUGUAAGGCCAAAAGACUCUGGGAGAAAAAGUGAGCCAGUAAGGCUGACCGAGAGACUACCCAGUGACCCAACAGAGGACGAAGACGUUAUCCCGGACACCCAGACUGAAGUGGAGGGCAAAGAGGGUACGGAAAUGGCUUCCUCAUCAGAGGAAAUUACACCCUCAAGCCAGGAAGAGGAAUCUGACCCAACUCUGGAUGAUUCUCAAUCUUCUCAAAGUGAACCAAGGCGGUCUGGACGCUACAGAGUAAGACCUCAGCUGCCCGGAGAGGACCCUGAGGACCGGGAAGAGAAAUACACCCCCCCGAAAAAGAGGCUUUCUGGAGAGGAACCUAAAAGGGAUUCUCCAAAGUCAGAAUCGGCGCAAGGCAGACGAAAUACGAGAAGUAUGCAGGCUGCUGAGAAGGGCAGUGGCAGAAACCGAUUACGAACAAGGUCUGAGAGGGGCAAGAGUGAGUCGAGCCAAAUCAAUUCACAGGGAAAAGCACACAAGAAGAUCAAGCUGUACAGUAGUUCAGAUGAUUUCCUUGAUAAACCUGAACCCAAGAGGAGAAGCACCGGUGGGCUUCACUCCAGCCAAACUGACUUGCAAUCUGAUAACGAAAGCCAGUCACAGGGUAGGGAAAGACGGCGGAGUAAAGCAACAUUGGAUGGUGAAAUGAAGAAAAAGGUUGUGCCUGACAAGGAAGAGUCCAGCCAACCUGCCAAAUAUGAGCUGGUAGAACAGGCCGAAAAGGAUAUUAAGCCAAAGAAAGAUUGUCAAACGAUCACUCCUUCCCCUCAAACUGUUGGCAAAUCCCAAGAGUCUCAGCUUUUAGAAAAGAUGACCAAGGAUGAGAGAGAUUCUCAGAUAGUUGUUGCUUCUCCAGCUAAUGAAGAGUCCCAAGAUAGAACAAACACCACAAAAAGGUUGGUGAAUAUAUCGGAGGUCAAAGACAAACUGAAAACAAGUGAAAGCACAGAUGACAGCCUUAGUCAAGAGGACUCUCAAGUGAUCACACCUUCUUCUGACAGCCAGUCUGUGCGUCGAUCCAGAAGAAGCAAGGCAUCAUCUGAGGAAGCGGGUUCUGAAGAUAAAAGUGAAAAUAAGGAUUCGUUAGAAGGGCAGAGUAGGUCUAAUUCUCAGGCAGCUGUCGGUCAGCCAGAGGCUGGAAUUGCAGGUAGGACCAGAAGGAGCAAGGUACAAGACGAGCAGUCAAAGUCGAGUCCUACCACAACCCCAGAGAGUUCUCAAUCACUAGGGACUGCAGGAUCAGCAGAAUCAUCCAAAGGCUGGGGCAAAAGCUCAAGAAGAAGAUCUUCUCCAGCGUUGCCUGUAGCCAGUAAAGGAUCCUCAGAGUCUGAAUCCUCGGAGGUCAAAGAAAAUCCCCCUGUGCCCAAAAAGAGAGGAAGGAAACUGCGAGUGUCUCUUCCAAGUCUUCUCACUAUUGAAUUUAAAGAAGGUAAAAUUAGUAAGGGUAUGGUAAAGGAUGAUUCUGAUACUUCUCAAAAGGCAGAUUCGCAAAGCACAGAAUCUCAAAAUACAACAGAUUUAGAGAAUUCACAGGCAUCCCAAGACAAGGAUUCUGAAUCGCUCCAGGUUCCAUGUAACACUGAGGAGCAAAGUAAUGAAGAAUCACAGAUGGAGGUAGAGGUUGAUGCUGUUGUAGAGAAAAUUGAGACUGACGACACAAAGAACAGCGAUUCACUCAGUGUGUCACCUCCCAAAGAGCAAACGCAAAGAGACUCCAACAUUGAGAAUACCUCGUCACAGGGAGGUGACACUGGAAACUUGCCAUCCACUGAGAUGCUUGAAUCAGUUGGGGUCCUUUCUGAACAGACUCGGGAAGAGUUGCCCUGUGACACAUCUGUGUUAUCUGUUGAGGCACUGGCGCCUCCUGAUGAGACGACAGAGAAACUGCAGGUCUCGGAGUCUUCAGAGGAGAAAGCUGAAGUGUCCGAGUCUGGGGACAAUGUUACAGAAGCACAACAAGAUGAUUCAGAUUCAACCCACCAAGAAGAUCCAGUUGUUCCAGUGAAAGACGGAGCUGAAGAUGAUCCCAAUGCGUCCUUUGGGCAAAACCACAUUGAGAGUCCAACUUUUUCAAAGGAGGAGGAACAGUCUGCCUCCAUCAAUGAAGAUGAAUCUACAUCCCAGCAUGUUGAGGCCAAUGCCGGAGACGACAUCACGCCACUACAGGAGAGCGAUAAAGACGACAAAACUCAAAUUGUGGAGUGUAACGGCGAAGAGGAAACUCAGACCGCCUAUAAUGAGAAUGACGUAGUAGCAAACUUGGAUGCUGACGUUAGCAAUGCGUCAGUGUUACCAGAAUCGACGACCAACGACACGUGCUCGGAUUCUCCGGCGAAGCAGAAGGACCUGGAGGCUUUAAUGGCGGCAGAUGUUGGCGAAAGCCCCAGCAGUGGCAGUACCAGAGGAACCUGGUCUCCUUCAGCCUCCCCAUCGACCAGUAUUCUUAAGAAGGGCCUGAAGAGACCGCUAGAGGAGGAGACUACCUCACCUCUUGUCAAAUCUAGACGUGUGUCUUUUGCUAAUCCAAUCCAACAUCAGGAACUAGCAGACGACAUUGAUCGUCGCAGCCCCGCUAUCAGAACCAGCUCCCCCAGAAGAUCCAAAGGCAGCGCUAUCCCACAGCCGAAGUUUGUUACUACACCAACAAAAGGCCUGCUGAUCCUGAGUCCCAGAAAUCUGCACAGUCCAGGUUACAAGAGCUCCAAGAAAUGCCUGAUUUCCGAAAUGAGCCAUGAGCCGCGGCCCGUCUCCAGAGACUGCAUCUAUCCUGCCCUGGUUGGCUGCUCUACGCCUGUAGAAGCUGUGCUGCCUCAGAUAUCUUCCAACAUGUGGUCUCGGGGUUUCGGGCAGCUUGUUCGAGCCAGAAACAUCAAGACUGUCGGUGACCUCAGUGCUCUUACUCCCAGUGAAAUCAAGACUCUUCCAAUUCGCUCUCCGAAGAUCUCCAAUGUCAAAAAGGCACUUAAAAGUUAUGAACAACAGCGUAAAGGACGAGGUGGUGAUGAGUUGAAGAGUUUUGAUGAAACGGAGAUGAUGACCUCUGAACUGGAGGAGACCAGUGCUCCUCAAAACCAGGAUGAGGAGGACAAGACCUCAGGAGAGACACUAGCAACAGAGCUGCUGGACGAGCCACUUCCUGCAGAUGAGAGGCCCGAGCGCGACAUCUCCGGAAAUCAGACGCCCGACACGGCGGCCGGAGGACGUGAACCAGAAGGACGGCUGCGGUCAGAGGUGGAGGCGCUGACCGGCAGAAUGACGCCGCUAGAACUCAGUUACUGCUCCCCACAGCAGCUCGUUCACAUCCACGACCAGCUAGGAGGCAUGAUGAGGCGCGUGGUCGUCGAGCUGCAGACGCGCCUCUGAAAGACGGACGUCGGACCCUGAACGGACUUCUUCUGCUGGAUCAAACGGAUGCACAAGUGUUAGAAGACCCAUAAAAAGACGAGAGGAAUCUGAUUUUAUUUAUCCUACAACAACAGAUUUUUACAAAGGAAGAUUUUAUGGUUUUAACUCUGAAUGCCUUGUCUUUUUUUUUUUUUUUUCUUGAAGUGUUUUUUUUUUUUAAUUAAUUAAUUCUAGCAGCACUUUCUCCCGAUCUGUAGCUUGAGCUGUUGGAUAGUUUGUAUGAUUUUAAGAAACACUCAAAGGGAAGCACAGUCACACUUUUCCAGCUGUGUCGAAAUAAGAAAGCGAUUUUCACGAAUGGUGACUUAUGAUUACAAAUAUAUGUAGAAGAACAAUAUUAUUUCUCACCAAUUCUGUUCCAAUUUUGUACAUAUUCUUUGUCAUUUAAAUCCUUCAUGUGCCUGUUUUUAGGCUGUUUACAACUUAACUCUUGUAUAUUUUGUUUUUUUUACGAUUUCUUAGUUUGUAAACCUUUUUCUGUCAUUUCAAAUGAACGUCUUCUUGCAUUUUUAAAGUCAUGACGCAUACUGUAGAUGGUGGCAGACGGUCUGCACUAAUGUUUUUAUUUGUUUUAAAUGCUUCAAUAAAAGACAACUUCGA